AUGAAUGGCGACCGCCUCCUGCUCCAACUCUUCCCCUCAAACAAGCGCACCCCGUCAAGUCUUGCAUCCCUCUUCGGAACCAACCCCGAUGCCUCGCUCCCGCAACUGACUCAGAACCCAAUCCAAUUGCACGUCUUCGCCCGCAGAUAA